CUGUGCUCAGUCGUGGGGUGGAGGAGCUGGGAAGGAGCUGGUGCGGGAUCCAGACACUCCUGAGCAGGAAUUUCCUCCCACUUUCUGAGCCAAACGUUCACGUGUAACUCGUGUAACUCGUGUUUUUACCGGACCGCGGCCACGUGUGUAGGCACAGCAGACCCCGCCCCUUCUGGAGGAGGGUCUUUCCACUCCACGCCAGUUAAUAAAAGUUUAGUCCGUGUGCAUGGCUGUGGGAAAACUGGGAGAACCUGGCAGGAGACGGUCGCGUUUACCUGUGAUUUGUGGAGGGUGUGGAUUGGAUAACAACACCAACUUCAUCGUCAUUGUUCUGAAACUGAGUCGAAGACAACAAAGAGGUGGACAGACAGACUCACUUCAUACCGCAGAAGAAGAACUGGACUUCAUUUGAAUCAACAUUGCAGAAUCAUGGCUCCUCACAAGCCGAUGCUGAGCUCCCUAGGGGGGAACAGACGGGCCCGCAGGAACCUGUUCGGCCCUGUGGACCGAAACCAGCUGCAGGUGGAGUACCAGGCAGCGCUGCGCAAAGACCUGGAAGAAGCGUCCAAACGAUGGGGCUUUGACUUCAAGUCGGACAAGCCCCUGGAGAGCAGCGACUUCAAGUGGGAGGGCAUCCCAGAAACCAGGGUGCCACUGCUCUACAGGUCCUGCGUGCUGGCGGAGGGCCUGGGGCUGGCCAGAAGGGCUGUUCAGACCAAACCAGCAAGGUUGGAGAAGGAGAACAUCCCUCAGACGCCAGAGAAGUGGGUCCUGGAGGACCUGGAGAAAACGCCGGAGAAGGGAGACAAAGCUGCGCUGAAGAGGAAACAGACGAACAUCACAGAUUUCUAUCAGGCCAAGAGACGAGUUGUGUGGAUGCCGAGGAAAUCCGGGGAGUGAUAUCCACAGAAACGCUGCCAAAGCUCCCAAGAAACCACACGGGCUGCACCUGACUCAGGAAUCACACAGACUAUAACCAUGAAUCAUGUAAACAAAACAAAAAAAACCCAGAGGGGACCUCAGCUGCUCGUCAACGCUACAGUAUACGGUAAUUAGGGUCAGUAAAGGAGGGAGCUGGCUUGUUUUUUUUCCCCCCCCGUCGGUGGUAAGAUGGGGGCAUUUGAGCAGAAAAGAUUAACAGUAAUCCCUGGAAUCAGUGGAUUUAUACUCAUUUGGAUCAAGGGCUCGCCAAAGUGCAGACUGACAUUUGCUGCGGUCAUCCAUCCCUCGGCUCUUUCAAAAACCUCAGCUUCACGGUAACUCUACCUCUCUAAGGAAACAAGAAGACCUGGAUGGAGCGAUUUGAGAUGUUGCUGAGGCUGUUGGGUUCGCAGGAAGAAGCUGAAGACCAGGAGGAAGCACUUAGUCUCCUUUGUUCAAAUGCACUGUUGUUGUUUUUUUAUACUGUGUUUUCUACUUCUUGUACUUUGUAGGAAAAUACUUGAGAAGCUCUGAUCUCUUGAACAUGCAGAAGCUUUGCUUAGACGCCAAAUGACAGAAGUGCCACCCUGUUUUUUUUCCAUCCAUUCUACUGUAUGUAAAAGUUGUCAUUUAAAAAAAAAAAAAUCAACCCAGAUAAUUUAACAGUUAUUAGCCUCUGGUUCUUGUUCGUAGGAUAUAUGUUGUAAUCUAACUCAGAUUGAGAGAUAUAGUUUUAUUUAGCAUAGUAGCAUUAAAUGAAAAACAUUGCAGUGUUGCACAUCCAGAGCCUUUACUGUGCCUCUCGGUAUUUUUUAAGCUCCAUAAAGGACUAUCAUAAGAAAGUGUUCCUGGAAACACAAAUGUAUUAUUUGCCAAGCUAAAGCACAUUUCAUC